GUUGCCUUAGUAACCUCGGAAAUAUAAACCACGAAGCUAUAAUUAUGAGUGAGAAUGGUUCUGCACAAAAAGUUGAUCUUAAAAACUGGAUGAGAGAUUUGCCUGAACAAAUUAGAAAUAUUCCAUUUAUAUACCUUGCCAUUCCGGGAAGUCAUGACUCAAUGACAUAUGGCAUUACUAGAUCCAGUGGCCUUGCUCCAGAUGCAGAACCAGUAUUGAAAAGACUGUACCCUUUAUUCCAAGGUACGAUAUUAAGAUGGACCAUAACACAGUCAAUUGAUGCCUUACAGCAACUUCUCAUAGGCAUUAGGUAUUUUGACUUGAGAUUAGCGACAAAAAAUGGAACGGAUAACUUUUUUUUUACUCAUGGAGUGUAUGCAGGGGAAAUAUCUCAGCCUCUUAACCAAAUAAAAAACUUCAUAAAUGAGCAUCCACAUGAAGUUGUUGUAUUAGAUUUUCAGCAUUUCUAUCGUUUCACACCAGAUGAUCAUCAAAGGCUUAUAAGAUUUAUAUUAAAUCUAUUUGGGCCACAACUUGUACCAAGGAAGCAAGAUUUAGAUGGCAUUACACUUAAUUCACUCUACAGGUUACGGAACCAGGUAAUAGUAGUCUAUCGGCACCAAUCGGUAUAUUCUACAGGAGAAUUUUGGGUACCCCAAAUGAUACCAUCCCCAUGGCCACAACAGGAUAAUAUCAGCAGCCUGCUAAAUUUUCUAAAACAUGUAAAACGGCACCCCGGCAUGGGUUUUGUGCAUCAAGCAGUUCUAACACCAACUCCAGCAUUUAUUUUGUUUAGAUGGGUAUCCACCUUACGUGAGAAAUGUGCUAAACCUGUGAAAAACGAAAUCUAUCCUAAAUUGUCAGAAUUUUCACCAGGAAGACCAAUAGACAGGGAUGGGCCAACCCCAGUUAAUAUCAUCAUAGCUGAUUUUGUUGAAAUGGAUGAUGCCAUAUUUUCAAAAACAGUCAUACAACUUAAUUUAAAACUUUUACAAAAUACAGAAUUUGUGUCUCAUAGUUAUGGGUAAGAUAAGAAAAAUAUCACUCAAGCUUUAAACUAUUCCAUUAGAUAUCUUAAGAAACUUAUGACUUGUACCUGCAUUUUUAUUUUGUUUUUACAUGUUUUGCUACAGAACUUAAGAACGGAGAUUUGUUUUAUACAACCAUAUUUUAUUGUACAUAGAUUACAGAAUAUAUUUUUGUGAAGGGAAAAUUUUAUAAAAUAAACAAAUAUGUACGUUGAAAUUAGAUGUUUUGCUCACGAUUAUAA